GUGCAGGUGCAUUUCACAGAGAGGUCAUUUGAUCUUUUGGUAAAGAAUCUAAAUGGGAAGAGUUACUCCAUGAUUGUGAACAAUCUCUUAAAACCCAUCUCUGUGGAAGGCAGUUCAAAAAAAGUCAAGACAGAUACAGUUCUUAUCUUAAGUAGAAAGAAAGCAGAAAACACACGUUGGGACUACCUGACGCAGGUUGAAAAAGAAUGCAAAGAGAAAGAAAAGCGCUCCUAUGACACUGAAACAGAUCCUAGUGAGGGACUGAUGAAUGUUCUAAAGAAAAUUUACGAAGACGGAGAUGAUGACAUGAAGCGAACCAUUAAUAAAGGCUGGGUGGAAUCAAGAGAGAAGCAAGCCAAAGGAGACACAGAAUUUUAAGACUUUAAAGUCAUUUUGGGAACUGCGAUGUGGAAAUAUUGAUGUUUCCAAUGAGGAAAUGUUGGUGAGCUGCUCAGAUAAAUUUGACAGAUAACUGCUUACAUAGCCACCUUCUAAGUAAAGGCAGUGAAUUCUCCCAUUUCCUCCUGGAGGAUUUAUUUAAAUAAAAUAUGCUUAUUAAACACUUCCUCCAAAGAUCGUUUCCUUAGUAAUCUGGGCAUUUUGUUCAAAAAAGGAUAAUAUGGUAUUCUUGUGUGAAAUGUAAAAAAGCAAGUCUUGCCUAAUGAUAAUGCCACAUUGUGUGUAUUUUUGUUCAGCUAAGAUGUAGAAAACAAAAGUUAUUUUUGCCUAUAAGUUCCUGAUACCAGCUCCCACAAUUGUAAGAAUAAGUAAAAAUAAAACCUGAAUUUUUGCAUAAAA